UGCUGCCGCUGCUGCCGCUGCUGUGGCUGCUCUCCUGGGUGCCCCCCGGAGCCGGCACGGAUACUCUGAGUGUGCAGAUGCUUCCCCAGGUGCUCGGCCUCUUGGGUGAGAACGCAACGCUGCCCUGUCAGCUGCAGUCACUGCAGCCAGGCACCAGGGUGACCCAGCUCACCUGGGAGUUUCAGAAGCAGGACCAGCCUCUCGUCUCUGUGGCCGUCUUCCACCCCCAGGAAGGGCUCAAAGUCAAGGAGUCCAGGGACCCCAACCAGCCCCCGCGGGUGAAGUUCCUGGCUGCCACGGUCGGCGGAGACCUUACAGAUGCCAGCCUGACGGUGUCGGAGCUGCGCGUCGAGGAUGAAGGCACCUACGUAUGCCACAUCUCCACCUUCCCUCAGGGGAGUGCCGCCGGAAAAACCCAGCUGCGCGUGCGCGUCCCUCCACAGAACAGGGUGGAGCUGCAGGAGGUGUCUCCAGGCCUGAUCUCCGGGGAGCGGGUGCCCGUGGCCCUCUGCAUCUCUGAGAGGGGCCGGCCGCCCGCCCAGGUCUCCUGGGCCCUCGAUGACUCAAAUGCGAUGACCAGCGGGAAGCAAGAGCAAGAGCCAGGGCCCCUGCUGGGCACAGUCACCGUCACCAGCCUGUUGUCCAUGGUGCCCUCCAGCCGCACGAGUGGCAAGAAUGUCACGUGCAGAGUGGAGCACGAGAGUCUGGAGGAGCCGGCCCUGCUGCCUGUCACCCUGUCCGUGUCCUACCUGCCCGAGGUGUCCAUCUCUGGCUACGACGACAACUGGUACAUCGGCCGCGAAAACAUGACCCUCAGCUGUGAGGUGCACAGCAACCCAGAGCCCGAGAACGUGGUCUGGAAAACGACCACGGGAACCCUGCCACGCUCUGCCGAGGCCCAGGGCAGGCGGCUCCUGAUCCGAACGGUUGAUGAGUCCAUCAACACAACUUUCAUUUGCCUGGUCACCAACACCAUAGGGACAGGCCAGGGGGAGCUGACCAUCCAGCUCAAAGGACCGCCUCUUGGGAAGCAGCCAGACUACACCGCAGCCAUCGCAACCGGCGCAGUCAUCGGUGUCUUGGUUCUAGGUGCUGUUGUGAUCAUCCUGUUUCUCUGUCGCCGCAGACUCUUCGAUUGGUGCCUAUCCAGCUCCUCAGCGAAUAGUGCAAACCGGGCAGACAACGCAAACAGAGCGAACAGUAAGAACAGGAUGUACAGUGCCAACGGGACAAACAGGGUCAGGUAUUCAGUGGUGAAUGGCCAGUGUGACACCAACAGAGGACCAAGGUGACACGUAGUGACUGAGCGACACAGGGACUGGCUGGACCCCACUGCAAUGGCUGAAGGUGCUUCCAAAAGGAUGGGUCUCAUCUCCCGCCAGAUGUCAAGAUGUGACUCUGUCCCCCAGGGCAGUGGACAGCACAAGUUCCACUAAGGACGCAACAGAGCUCAGAAACACUUGUCUACUCACAGAUACUGUGAAUAGCAGCAAAACAGUGGGGAUUAAAAUCAGCCAAAGGGGGCUGGGGAUUUAGCUCAGCAGCACAGCACCUGCCUGGCAAGUAUGAGGUCGUGAGUUCGAUUCCAGGUUCCAGAAAAAAUACAAAAAAAUGAGCCAAAGGACAAGCAGCACCGGGCAGACGUCGGGGAGACCAGCACCGCCUUCCAACUGCCAGUCCCAGAGGAGCCAUGGGGACAGCACCAACUCGUGCAGGGUUGCAGAAUCCAAGAGAUCAGACAGACCAAUGAGGAAAGAGGAGGAUUUAUUUCCGGCAUUUUAGAUGCACAUCAACCCAGCCAAAUUCACAUCUGAAGUGCUGGAAAGGUUCUAGUUUUAUACAUUUGGCUGAAGAGGAUGGUCUUUAGAAACGAGGGUGGGGGUGGGGGGGCAGGUGAGGGUGCAGAAGCAAAACCAAGCAGUUAAUAACUGUCUUAGUUGCUUUCCUCGUUGCUGAGACAAAAUACCUGAUGCUCCAAGUUAAGGGAGAAGAGGUUUAUUUGGCU